CCUCAACACUUCUUCAAGAGCCGGAAACGAACCCAGUCCGUCAUGUGAUGUUUGGCUGUUGGAUGCUCAGUGACUGUAGCUGGGAGGGUAUCUGAAGAAGGAGACUACGGACGGUUGUUCUGGAUACCAAACCUGGAGCCGCCAUGGCUGAUGAUUUGAAGAAAUACCUGUACAAACAGCUGCAAAGUGUUGAAGGUCUUCAUGCUAUUGUGGUGACAGACCGGGAUGGCGUUCCAGUUAUCAAGGUUGCCAAUGACAACGCCCCAGUCCAUGCGCUGAGACCUGGCUUCCUGUCCACCUUUGCUCUGGCCACGGAUCAGGGCAGCAAGCUGGGCCUCUCCAAGAACAAGAGCAUCAUCUGCUACUACAACACCUACCAGAUUGUGCAGUUUAACCGGCUGCCGCUGGUCAUCAGCUUUAUUGCCAGCAGCAAUGCCAACACAGGUCUCAUCAUAAGUCUGGAGAAGGAGCUGGCCUCCCUAAUAGAGGAGCUGAGGCAGGUGGUGGAGGUGACAUAAUCCCUCCCAGACAGGCCACCCUGAUUCACUGGAUCACAUCCUGCUCACUGUCUUCUUCUUCUUUCUGUCUCCAAUCGUGCAUUUGUGUCCUCUGAGAAAGCCUGUCUGGGGUUGUUCUAUUUUCAAGUAGAGACUAACAAUGUUGACGUCUUGGAACCUGUUUCCACCAUGAUUGAACUUUGCUGUCCACCUUUUAAUAGGCUGAUUGUUGACGGUCUGAAUAAAGGUUUCAUUUAUAUCAGCUGAA